CUCAUCCUUCUUUUUCAGUAGAUUGUAAAUUAAGUCUGAGAAAACAAACAAACAAACAAACAAAAACAUGAAUCUAGCAUUGGCCUUUGCGGUGUUACUCGCAAUUCUUGUGUCGGUGGCUGACGCUGAGUGGGACGACGCUCACGCUACGUUUUACGGCGACAUUAACGGCGGGGAAACCAUGCAAGGAGCAUGUGGUUACGGAAAUCUAUUCCAAGAAGGUUAUGGGUUAGAAACGGCCGCGCUAAGCACGGCGCUCUUCAACAACGGCAAGACAUGCGGCGCUUGUUUCGAGCUCGUAUGUGCAAACUCACGAUGGUGCAAACCAAACGCCGGCUCCAUCACAGUCACAGCAACUAAUUUCUGCCCACCCAAUUACUCCCCACCGCUUAAUACACGUUGGUGCAACCCUCCAAACAAGCACUUCGAUCUAUCGAUGAAAAUGUUCAUUUCCAUCGCCGAGUACAGCGGAGGGAUAGUUCCUGUGAAGUUCCGGCGAGUGAAGUGUCAGACGAGAGGUGGUGUGAGGUUUGAGAUCAAGGGGAAUCCUUAUUUCAUCAUGGUUUUGGUGUAUAACGUUGGAGGUGCAGGAGAUGUAACUAGUGUGGCCAUUAGAGGGAAUAAUAGUCCAUGGAUCCCUAUGCAGAGGAACUGGGGACAAAACUGGAAUACUGGUGUGCGUUUGGUGGGACAAAGACUCUCCUUUUUGGUCCAAACCAGUGAUGGAAUGAGCAUGACGUUCGUUGAUGUGGCGUCAGAGAAUUGGGGGUUCGGUCAAACUUUUGAAGCAAGUCGAGCAACAUUAAACUUUCAUUAGACUUCAGAUGAUUUUAGUUUCUAGAGCUUUUAGUUGGAAGCUACUAUUUCAUCAUUGAAUAAAAACUGUAACAUUCGGUGUUGUGGUAUAUAUAUUCAAA